AGCACGCACCGGUGGUCUGUCCGUGUGUAUGCACCCAGAAACAUCCCAGCGUCCACCCAAGCGCCCUUCUCUAGCACGCCGCCAGUAUGUGGACACCUCUACCCGGGUGCAUGAGAGUCUCCAUACUGUUGAUGCUCGUCAGCCUGAGGACUCUGUAUUGCCAGCAGCACUCUUCAGAUCACCACAGGAGGCCCGAGGCCCAUCAUGAUUCUCCCAGCCAGCAGGGGUCAGCACCUGCUGGCUCAUGGGGCUCCUGGGGGCCCUGGGCAGAGUGCUCCCGCAGCUGUGGAGGAGGGGUACAGGAGCAGACCAGGCCGUGCCUCCCUGCCCACAGCCACCCCGUGGUGCCCCCUCACCAACCCCAGCACCAUCACUACCCUCACCACCAACCUGGCAACCCGCCUCUGGUGGUGUCAGCGCUACGGCCGUCUGUGCCACUCUACAGAGAAGGCAGCCAAGGCCGAUCUCCCCAUGCCAACAGCAGCUACACACAGGCUGGAGACUCAGACAGAACUCAGCCGCGAGUGAGCCGGCCCAGCAGAAGGAGAGGAGAGAGCUCUGUCGUCCCGGGGAAGUACGGCUAUGGGCGCAUGCCGUAUGUGGUGUCCACCCAGAGGGAGCCGGACUCCCCUUCCCACCCCCCUGCCCAGUCCCACCCCCUGCACCGACAGAGACGCUCCCCACACACCCACGGGGAUGGCGGCAGCAGAACCAGCACCACGCGACACACCUCCAGACCUCACAACCCCUACUACAGCCACCACCAACAUCAACGUCAACAUCACAACCCCUACCACCACCACCAGCACCAGGCGGCUGUCUCCCAGCCCCGAGGUGCUUCGUCCUGGGUGCCCCUUCACCAGCCUGGCACAGGCACCAGCACGCAGCAGGCCUCAACAGCAGAAGCAGAUGCAAGGCCCUACAACCCUCUACCUCCAUCCUCCUGCUCCGGAACACCCACCCAGUACAAGAUGUGCAACCCCAAUCCCUGCCCAGCCUCCAGCAGGAGUAUCCGUGAGGUGCAGUGCUCGUCCUAUAACAGCCAGCCCUUCAUGGGCCGCCUCUAUGAGUGGGAGCCCUUCAACGAGGUUCCUGGUGACCAGCACUGUGAACUGAACUGUCGAGCCAUCGGGUUCCGCUUCUACGUUCGUCAGGCUGACCGCGUCAUCGACGGAACACCAUGCGGACGCAACGACACCUCGAUCUGUGUUGCAGGGAAAUGCCAGACGAUGGGCUGUGAUGAGUACCUGGGCUCGGGGCGGGUGAUGGACAAGUGUGGCGUGUGUGGCGGGGACAACAGUGCGUGUCGGCUGGUGUCGGGCCUGUUCCAGCACAGCCUGUCCCAGGUGGGCUACCACAAGAUCGUGGAGAUCCCCCUGGGAGCCACCAAGAUCAACAUCACAGAGAUGGUCAAGAGCCGCAACUACCUCGCUCUGCGGACCCGAUCAGGGCGUUCCAUCAUCAAUGGCAACUGGGCCAUCGACCGGCCCGGCAAGUAUGAGGGGGUGGGCACCAUGUUCACCUACCGCAGGCCCAACGAGAUCAGCAGCACCGCGGGCGAAUCCUUCUUGGCCGAGGGCCCCACCAACGAAAUCCUGGAUGUCUUUAUGAUCUAUCAGCAGCCGAACCCUGGCGUUCACUACGAGUUCAUCCUCCCCCUGGACAACAAUGGCGGCCCCCACCUCCCCACAGACAGCAGUGCUGAAGGAAACACGGUUAAUGGGCAGAGUGUGACGGAUCACUAUGGGGGCUCCAGCCACGGCCAGGGUUCCCAUGGCGGUGGUGGCUACCCUUCCCAGGGAGGCAGCUAUCCUUCCCAGGUGCCUGACAACCAGGUACCGCAGCCUCAGCCACAGCCACAGCCUCCUCCGCGACGCCAGCGGGAAUACAACUGGAAACUCACCGGCGCCUCGGACUGCAGUGCCACCUGUGGAAAAGGCAGCAGGUAUACUGUGUUCAGCUGUGUCCACAGAGUGAGCCAUGCUCAGGUAUCAGAAGCUCUGUGUGACCGGGCCGCCAAGCCCAGCAUUCAUGAGGAGCCCUGCAACACAGAACCCUGCCCAGCCUUCUGGGAUAUCGGCGAGUGGUCGGAGUGCAGCAAGACGUGCGGUCUGGGCAUGCAGCAUAGGCAGGUGCUGUGCCGGCAGGUCUACGCCAACCGCACACUCAACGUGCACACCAGCCGCUGCCGGCACCUGGAGCGGCCCGAGACCACCAGCACCUGCCAGCUCAAGAUCUGCAGUGAGUGGCAGAUCCGCUCCGAGUGGAGUCCCUGCUCUGUGCCGUGUGGUGUGGGCCAGCGGCGUCGGGAGGUGCACUGCCUGAGUAACCUGGGUGACAUUGUGUCGGAUGAGGAGUGCAACAUGAACCUGCGGCCCGCUGAUGUGGAGAACUGCGACAUGGGAGCCUGCGCCAAGAGCUGGUUCCUCACCGACUGGGGAAGCCGGUGCUCAGCAGAGUGUGGCAUGGGUGUGCGCACCCGGGGAGUGCUGUGUCUCAGCAACCACAUCAGCAGUCUGCCCCUCGAAGGCUGUGGUUCCGAGCGCCCCCAAGAGACCAAAGUGUGUAACAACGGCCCAUGUGACAGCCGCAUCGAAUGGUACACUGGGCCCUGGAGUGAGUGCUCGAUGGACUGUGGGCGUGGGACGCAGCAGAGGCAAGUGACGUGCCUGAUGAGCUCUGAUGGCGGCUUCACAGUGAUGCCCGUGUACGAGUGCUCCUCCCUGGACAAACCCCUCAGCCAACAGAGCUGCCAGAUCAAAGCCUGCGGAGCUAAGUGGUACUACACUGACUGGAGUGCGUGCUCAAAGACAUGUGAAGGUGGCUUCCGGAUCAGGGAGGUGCGGUGUCUGUCAGAUGACAUGUUGUCCACCGAGGGCUGUGAGGAUCACCUACGGCCUCCAGACAGGGAGGAGUGCAACCCUGGGCCAUGCAUCCCAGAGAUAGAUGAGAACUGUCGGGACAAAUACUUCAACUGCAACGUGGUGGUCCAGGCUCGCCUGUGCGUCUACAACUACUACAGGAUGGCCUGCUGCGCGUCCUGCUCCAGAGUGCCACACGCCACCACCACCCACAGGUCCUCAGGGUUCAGGGGCCGUCGAUAGCACCCCGCUGGCUUCACUACCACCACCACCACCACGUUCCACUCCACCUAUCUACCCCACCUACACCCUACACCUCAUCCCCCCUGGGCAUUACUUCUCCAGUAGCCCCUCUGGUGGAUCGCUCCCAGACCCACAUCAGCCUACUCACUGGGUCCUGUGUCCAGUAUUAACAGGCCUCGGAAAGCACUACCCUGGAACUGAGCUCUUUCCAUUCAGAUAGGAUAAUGCUGUGACCUAGAGUAUCGCAUGAGACCGAUGUUUGACCUUGGCUUUUGAAGAGACUAUCGAUCAAGGGGAAAACUUCUGUCGUGAAAGGAUGCUGUACGGAAUGUACAAACUUUACCCUUUGGGAUUCGUGAAAACUGUUGGUCUUCCAAACCCAACACUUUCCUGCCCCAUUAUGGAAUAAUCCAUUGUCUGCCAAUUGAGUGUGAACUUCAGAGACCUUGGGUUAAAACACUGGGGCUGUGUUGCGGCCCUAAACUGUUGCUUCAAGGAAUGACACUGGUCCUUAAUACCCUUUGAAGAAGAGGCAUCGCAAGACAAACUUUAUUCAGACACAUAAUGCAAAAUGGGGAAGGGCUUGGUGCAUACCAAUUUCAUGUAAUGGUGCUAUGUAUAAAAUAAUGUACACAUUGUUAUAGAAUUUUGUUUUUGAAAAACAUUUUCACUCACUUCUAUUUAUGACCUUAUCCAUUACUGUCUAUGAAUUGACACAUACAGUACUUACACUAACUAGGUCACUCUUGUUCAAUGACAAUGACAAAGAAGGCACUUCUCACCAAAGACCCUCCCGCUGCAAAUGUUACCAUGAUGGGUGACGAAGGAAACCAUGUGUGAUGUCAGAGGGAUUUAAAUGAUAUUUCCACUAUUUAACACAUUUGCCCCCUCUUCUAAGUUGUGUGCAAUGCAAUAGUUAUUUUCACAGAUUUUAUGAUGUGUGCUGCUGUCUCCCAUUAUUUGGCUAAUCUGGAUUUUCUCAAUAUACUUGAUGGCAUGUCCUUA